AAUGAAAGACUUGUUAAGAAUAAACAUCACCAACUGUUCUUAGUAAUGAUCAUUAAAACAAAAUGGAACCAAAAGGAAGGUACAUCCAAAAACAGUUUGUAUAAUAAUGGACGGCUUACAAAACACAUUUUAAAUUAAUCAAAUGGAUUACGUCACCUUCUUCGUGACGUCCAUUGUUUUCGACACGUCACAAAGGUCAUCGCGAGAUUUGGGAUCACAGCGCCCUCGCGUGGACGUGGGCGGGAAAGGCGACGGACGGUAUGGGAAGUACGCCGCUGCUAGCUAUAGCAUCGAACACAAACACGGACUAAACCCACUUCCUUUCCCCACAAACGCCACCAAAAGCUCCGCAAGGACAUUAUUCGGAGUGUAAUCCCUCUUUCGUAAGCCGUGACCGCGCAGCGCGUAAAGGAAGCCCCGCUAGACCCGACUAGGCCGGGUGCCUGCUCCUUGCUGUGUACCCGCUUUUCGGUGCAGCUCAGGCGGCCAGCGCUGUCACUCGAGCCCGAGGCUUCUGGUGGUUCGUGAUUUUCUGCAAAGAACGAACCAGUGGAUCUCUGAAUUUUUUCCCGUCUGCACCUUAACUUCUCCCGGGCUUAUUGUUUCAUUUUAAACGGGCGUGUGGACGCGCUACUUGGCGAAAGGACGCUUCUGGCCUCCUGGUUUGUUGUGGGCCGCCAUGAAUCUCAGUGAACAAUAACAAGAACCGUGACGAGCCCCCGCGGGAGAGAGAGAGGCCUUCCACGGAGCAAAACACCAGCACGGCGGCGACUUCUGACUAUGCAACCAUCAUGGAACCAAGCGGAUCAUUUUCCCUUCAGAGAGCCCGGGCCGCCGUUGCUUUAAGGCGGCUGUGUGACGUCUAUGCUCCGCUCCACACACACCAUGCUCUGUCGAACCUCAGCCCGCGUUGAAGCACUGCAAGGCCCGCUUGCGAACUGACUCGACACCGAGGAUGGAUUGAAUGUAACUUAACGGAACCGAGGACGUGUUUUUUUUUGUUUGUUUUUUUUGGACCAGAUGUUGUCUUUAAAGCCCCCGGAGUCCAUUUGUUCAUCUGUGGUGUUCGUGUGACACAUUUUUGAGACAUCGGGACCGAGCGGACCGGGGCUCCCCGGGCCAGGCCGCGGAGAUGAACCCGGUGAACGCGACGUCGCUGUACGUGUCGGCGAGCCGCUCCGUGCUGCAGUGCGACCCCGGAGACCCCCGAGCCCUGGCCGAGCUCUGCAGGCUACUGCCCUUCUUCCGACAGUCCUUGUCCUGCCUGGUGUGCGGCAACCUGCUGCAGGACCCCAUCGCGCCCACCGACUCCUCGUGUCAGCAUUACGUGUGUCGCGCCUGCAAAGGUCAGAGGAUGCAGCUGAAGCCGUCGUGCAGCUGGUGCAAAGACUACUCCCGCUUCCAGGAGAACCGCCAGCUGUCCUUGCUGGUGCGCUGCUACAGGAAGCUCUGCCUCUACAUCACGCAGUCGCCGCUCGCCCCGCACAUCGCCAGCGCCGCCGACGACUCGCCCGACCUGCAGGCCGUCCUCAGCGAGGGCCUCAAGUUGGCCGAGAGCGAGCACGAGGACGCUUCGGACGCCGAGAGCCCCCCUCAGACUGCCCCCGCCUUGCGGGAGCCCUGGCCUGACCAAGCCCCGCCCCCCAGUGAGGUGAAAGGGGAGGAUGGCGGCCUUAAUGGGCUGCACGAUUGUAACGGGCUGGUCGCCAAGCAGGAGGCCUUUUCGGAGGCACUCCCGGUGUGCGUCGCGGCGGAGGCGGGACUUUGUGACAUCGGCACUUUCGGAGAGGACUUGAAACACGGCGGGGGUCCGCUGUUGUUGAGCGUGGAGGAGGUGCUUCGGACCUUGGAAACGGACACUGAGCCCACCCAGCAGCUAGAUGACCCUCUUAUACCGCCAUCUAACCUCAACGGUCCUUGCUGCCCCGCUGAGCCCCGCCCCCUGCCCCUAGAGAGCAUCCGCCACCCCCUCCAGGCCUCCGCCGUCGCCCCCCCUCGCUGCCGCCGCAAACGUUCCCGCUCUGAGAGCGACAGCGAGAAGGUGCAGCCCCUCUCCAUUUCCAGCCUCCUGCAGGCCGCCUCCCCCAACAGCGCCCCCCUUUACCUCACCCUGGGCACCCCAACCAGACCGGAGCCCAGGUUCCACGCCGCCGCGCCACACCACCUGGCGCCGGUGCCUAACGGCGGCUCCCUCAAGACGGGCAAGACGGCGCUGGUGAAGCCGCUGAAAAAGACGGCCGAGCACCACGCCGGCGCCAAGAAGGCUCACGCCAAAGCCCGGCAAGGGGCCCCCAAACCCCGCUCACAGCCUCGGGUGCCAUCCCACCCGCCCAGCCCCUCCAAGCCGCUGUACAAGAAGCCCGUGGAGAAGAAAGGCUGCAAGUGCGGGCGAGCCACCCAGAACCCCUCAGUGCUGACCUGCAGGGGGCAGCGUUGUCCUUGCUACUCCAACCGCAAGGCGUGUCAGGACUGCAUCUGCCGGGGCUGCCAGAACUCCUACAUGGCCAACGGCGAGAAGAAGCUGGAGGCCUUCGCCGUGCCGGAGAAGGCCUUGGAGCAGACGCGCCUCACGCUGGGCAUCAACCUCAGCAGUAUCGCCGCCGCCGCCCUGCGAGCUCCGGCGGGCGUCUCGCCCGGCAACACCAUCCUCAACGUCAGCACUGCCACUGGAACGCCGGUCCCCGCCGCCUUCCUGUCGGGGGCGGGGCAUGACAGCCGGGGGUUUGACGACUCACUGGACAUGCGCUUUGACUGCUGAGGUGGUCCUGGGCUUCGUCAUCGUCAUCUUCACCGCCAGGGGAGUCAUUUCUUGAACUUUUUCUACAUGACUUCAUCAGGAACAUUUUAUGAUCUAUUUUUUACAGGACAGGAAAAACGAAACAGAGCAGCUUUUGACGUUAAAGAAGUGACUCCGGCAGCUCCCCGUGACCUUUGACCCCUCAACUCGCUGCUAAAAGACCAGAAGAGACUCACUAUUAAGUACAUCCGCCACACUUGACUAUUUAUUGGAGCAACGUUGCGGUCGUGUCUUAGCGUUAUCUUGUGUCUCCCACCCCCCCACCCCCCCUUACAUGUCAUAUAACUUUCAUGUUUCCACAAAAAGGAGGAAAAUCAAACCGUUCAAAAAAGUUUGCCUGUGGGCUUCUUUUUUUUCUCCCCCCCUCAAGAUGCAGUUCUUCAAGUGGGCACAAGAUGGCAGCACAGCAGGUGUUGUACAACAGGACAGGGAACAUUUAUUGCACACAUUUUUACAGAUAACACUUAUUUACAUUCACAUUUCAUUCACAACUUGACCCACUUCAAUUUAACAUGUUUCCUUUUAACCCCACGUUCAAUGCCGGAAGCUAAAAUGAUGUUUUAAAGGCCUACUGAAAGCCACAACUAGUCUGAUAGUUUAUAUAUCAAUGAUGAAAUAUUAACAUUGCAACACAUGCCAAUAUGGCCGCUUUAGUUUACUAAACUGCGUUUUUAAAUUUCGCGCUAAAGUAUCCUACUGAAACAUUGCGGUAAGAUGAUGCGUGCGCGUGACGUCACGGAUUGUAGAGGACAUUUUGUUCCAGCGUCGUUCCCAGCUAUAAGUCGUCUGUUUACAUCGCAUAAUUCCACAGUAUUCUGGACAUCUGCGUUGCUGAAUCUUUUGCAAUUUGUUCAAAGAAUAAUGGAGACGUCAAAGAAGAAAGCUGUAGGUGGAAAGCGGUGUACUGCGGCUAGCUUUAGCAACACAAACACAGCCGGUGUUUCAUUGUUUACAUUCCCGAAAGAUGACAGUCAAACUUUACUAUGGAACAGAGCGGUCUAGUGAACACGGUUGGAUUGGACCACACACACAAAGUACAGUGUAUUAUGCAGCGAUUAUUUCGAAAGAUCGUGUUUCAAAGAGGGUCCCCUGCGAAGGGCAGAGAUAUGCAUCACCACCACCCGUCAACUGGUGCUGAAGAAAGGUGCAGGGCCGACCUUCAGGUUGUACAGGUACGACCAUAUAAUCUCACUAAAACACUAGUAACACAAUAAGCAGAUAUGGGAUUUUCCAGAAUUAUCCUAGUAAAUGUGUCUAAUAUCUGAAUCGCUCUCACUGUAUAGUUUUUUGUUUUUUGUAGUCCUUCACUCUCACUUUCCUCAUCCACGAAUCUUUCACCCUCGCUCAAAUUAAUGGGGAAAUUGUCGCUUUCUAGCUGCUGGUGGCCAUGAUUAUAAACAAUGUUCAGAUGUGAGGAGCCCUACAACCCGUGACGUCACGCGCACAUCGUCUGCUACUUCCUGUACAGGCAAGGCUUUUUUAUUAGCGACCAAAAGUUGCAAAGUUUAUCGUCGAUGUUCUCUACUAAAUCCUUUCAGCAAAAAUAUGGCAAUAUCGCGAAAUGAUGAAGUAUGACACAUAGAAUGGACCUGCUGUCCCCGUUUAAAUAAGAACAUCUCAUUUCAGUAGGCCUUUAAAGUAAAUGCUACAAGGCUGCAUUCAUGAGCAUGGGACGUUUUAAUGUCGGGAGCAUAAAGCUACAGUUUUACGUGAGCUGUUACAAAUUAAUGUUUACAUCAUUCAUAGCCAGUGUUUGAUAAAAUUGCUGAUUAUUGACAUAUUUGCAUCCAUUGAUGAGGCAACUUCAGGGUCUGAGAAAAGAUUUGUAGGAAUUGCAAAAUGUACGUUAGUAAGCAAAGUGUAGCUUUAUUUCAGGAUGUGUGCCUGCUUCACAUCUUUUUAGUUAUUUCACGGUCCUAGACACCUUCUAAAAAUACUUUACAAAACAAAGUGGAAUAAAAGAUCAAAGCAGUGAAACGAUAUUGAAUCUAAUUACACGAAAACAACAAAAUCAAUAUUUUUAAUGAUUGACUUAUUCAAGGUUCCGGUUAUUUUACAUAAAUAUUUCCACUUUUAAAUGUUUUGGGGGGCAAAUAUUGCAUAUUUUGUGUUUGCCACAUAAAAAAACUUAUGUUUUACAUAUUUUUAGUCUAAGAAAACUUAAAAACUAACAACAAACUCAACACUAAAGUCUUACUAACUUCAGAUCUAUCUGUUAAGUCAUGCAUUUUUUUAUUUUGGGAACCCCAAGAAUUUUAGUGAGAUUUUUUUUUUUUCCCUUUGCUCCCAAAAAUGAUAAAAUCAAUUGAUGAAUUCUUGACCUAUUUAGGGCUCUAAUUACUUCACAUCAAGUAUUCCACUUUGAUAAUUAUUUUGGGGAUAAUAUUGUAUAUUUUGUG